GGUGGAGUCUUUUAGUGGGAAGGAACCAUGGAGGACUUCAACAGCGAAACCGACAGUGAUUAUACUAGCUACUGGAGAGAUUGGCUGCGCGUUUGCUCUUACUCCCUCACCAGUAAGACAAGAUGGCUCAGUUUACUAGUUCUACUAGUGAGGAGUCGUCACUUGCUACGCUACGACCACUUGUCGAAGCUCGUCCUCGUCCCCGACCUCAGAUCCAUAUUCGCUCUUCGUCUAGCUAUUCAUAUGGCGUGGUACUGCCUCAGAGAUAUGCUGACUUUGUACACCAGUUCAUCUCAUCUCGUGGAAACGAAUACUUCUGCGAAAUCGACGAAGAUUACCUGACCGAUCGCUUCAACCUUACCGGCCUGAACACUGAGGUCGCUUACUACCAGUAUGCUUUGGACCUUGUGACGGACGUGUUCGACCUCGACGCGGACGACGACCUGCGCGAGCAGAUUGAGAAGUCGGCGCGUCACCUCUACGGUCUGGUUCAUGCCAGAUACAUUGUCACAACUCGCGGUCUUGCCAAGAUGGUUGAGAAAUACAAGCGCUGCGAUUUCGGCAAAUGCCCCCGUGUCAUGUGUGACGGACACCCCCUUCUGCCCAUGGGCCAGCACGACGUUGCCAACCAGAGCACUGUUCGCCUGUACUGCCCCAAGUGCGAGGAUAUCUACAACCCCAAGUCGUCUCGUCAUGCUUCUAUCGACGGCGCUUACUUCGGCACUUCGUUCCAUAGCAUGCUUUUCCAGGUUUAUCCUGCUUUGCUUCCCGAGAAGAGCAUUCGCCGCUAUCAGCCCCGUUGCUUCGGCUUCAAGGUGCACGCCAUGGCUGCCCUUGCGCGCUGGCAGGAUGCUUACCGGGAGGAGACAAAGGCGUCCCUUCGUGAAGCCGGUGUGGAAGCCAAAUACAUCGAAGACGACAGUGAGGAGGAAGAGCUAGAUGACGACGACGAGCCUAUCUCGGAGAUCAAAGAAGAGAGAGUCGCCGGCGAUGCUGCCUCUGGCCGUAUGGAUCUUGGCAACUGAUUGACGCUCCCUAGCUGGCAUGAUCUUUCUGCUUCAUCGGAGUUUCCUCAUUUUCCUCUCAUAUCCACUUGGCAUGGGCGCAGCAUUAUGAACUUGCAUUUCAUCGCGCGUCUGGAU